AUGCCAGAGCUGCAUUCCCACAGCACAGCAGCAGCAGCAGCAGCACAGAACACCAGCACUGAGCAGCACAGAGCAGGAUGCCAGAGGCAGAUCUGCCAGCCCAGCAGGAGCAGCACCAGCACAGAGCAGGAUGACAGAGCCAGUUUUCCCUGGCACACCAGAAGCAGCAGGAGCAGCAGCAGCACAGAACACCAGCAGGAUGCCAGAGGCAGAUUUCCCUGGCCCAGCAGGAGCAGCACCAGCACAGAACACCAGCAGGAUGCCAGAGGCAGAUCUGCCAGCCCAGCAGCAGCAGCAGCACAGAACACCAGCAGGAUGCCAGAGGCAGAUUUCCCUGGCCCAGCAGGAGCAGCACUGGCUCGGAGCAGUGGCAUGGAACAGCAGCAAUGGUGCAGAUCACCAGGACAGCACCAGAACCGGAUUCCCCCAGCAGAGUCUGAGCAGGAGGAGCAGCACCAGCACAGCAGGAGCAGCACCAGCACAGCAGGAGCAGCACCAGCACAGCAGCAGCAGCACCAGCACAGCAGCAGCAGCACCAGCACAGCAGGAACAGCACCAGCACAGCAGGAGCAGCACCAGCACAGCAGGAGCAGCACCAGCACGGCAGGAACAGCACCAGCACAGCAGGAGCAGCACCAGCACAGAGCAGGAUGCCAGAGGGGUUUUCCCUGGCACAGCAGGAGCAGCACAGCACAGAGCACUGGCACAGCACAGAGCACUGGCACAGCACAGAGCAGGAUAGCAGCACAGAGCAGGAUGCCAGAGCCAGUUUUCCCUGGCACAGUGGAGCAGCAGGAGCAGCACUGGCACAGCACACAGCAGGAUGUCAGAGCCAGUUUUCCCUGGCACAGCACAGAGCAGGAUAUCAGAGCCAGUUUCCCCUGGCACAGUGAGAGCAGCCCCGCACGGCUCUUGGACAGAGACAAUUCCUGUUUGCACUUUUCUCCACCUCAACGAAGUGUCCCUGGCAAAGGGCAGCACUGGGCUGGUGCUGGUGGCAAUUCUCCCAUCUCCAGGCUGGGGACUGAUUCCAGUCAGCGCAGGAGGAAUGGGAGGAAGAGGCACCAGGGCUUUCUCUUGAAGAUGCUGAGAGAUUUUGGAAGGCUGUAG